AUGAGCAGACCAAAGAUUCAGCUUGGUUCUCGAAAAAAGACUGAAAAGCCUUCGGAACAAAUUGGUGGUGUUCCGAUUGAACCGGAACACCCUGUUGAGGAACAACCUGUAGUGGGACAUGCAAGAAGUUCGACAUUUUUAGCGACAAACAGAAAGGCGACGUUUGGCGAAAAGGUCAAACAAGAAGAACCGCCCAAAGUUGGUUCGCCGGAGAAACGUGGAUUUGGGAGUAAUACUGGUGCGCCAAAAGUCACUAAAGACACCGAACGGAAAAACUUCUUAGGACAGAAACACACAAAGACUCCAAGUCAAACAUCUGAAACGCCUUUACAAAAUGCUGAAACAAAUAGCAAAGAAGAAGAACCAAAACAAAAUGAAGAACUGAAAGAAGAAGGAAAACCAGUGAAAAGAAUGAGCUUUUUAGGACGAAGACAACAAACAAACGGACCAAAAAAGGAACAUUCACAACUGUUGGAAACACUCAAAAAAGAAGAAGAGAAACCAACGACAUACACGUCACAAGGUCCAAAUGUGAAUGAAUUGGAAACUAAUAACGAACUAAAAACAUUGAAGGAAAAACUCGAGGAAACGCAGAAAAAAUGUGAUACACAAGAAGAACAACUCAAUGCGAAAAUUCAGGCAGAGUUGGAAUUGACAAAAACAGUGGAGGAACUCAAUGCGAAAUACACAACACUCCAAACUGAAAAGGAAACAACAGAAAAAGAAAAAGAGUGCGAAAUUGAAAAACUGAAAGAACAAAAUAAAAGCGAGAACGAGAAGAUAGAAAACGAAUUGAAGAAAAUGAAAGAAGAAAAGGAGAGAAUUGAAAAUGAAUUUGAAGGAAUGAAAGGAGAGAAAGAGAAGUUAAUGAAUGAUAUGGCGAAUGGAGAUGAAAUGACAAGUCGAAUGAAAGAUGAGAUUGACAAAGAGAAAGAAAACAAUAAAAAACUGAAAGAAGAAAAUAAAGCACAACGAGAAAGUAUUAGUGAAUUAACUACAGCAAAACUAAAUGUUGAAACAACACUCACACAGAAAAUUACACAACUUGAAACAAACGAAAAGAUUUACAACGAACUCAAAACAAAUUAUAACACUAUUCAAUCUCAACUCACUGCACUCAAUGAGCAAAACGAGACAUUAAAAAAGCAAUUAGAUACUGCUAUAACAGAGAAGGAAAAACUUCUGAAUGAUAUAUCAAGUGGGAGUGAUCUAUCAACAAAGUUGAAUCAAGAAAUUGAAUCUCAGAAGGAAAUUAAUAACAAAACGAAUGAAGAAUUAAAAUUAACAAUUCAAAAAUUGGAAGAAACGCAACAACAAAAGGUUGGUUGUGAAACUGAAAUUAAGAAUCUUCAAGAGACCAUUUCCCAAGAAAAAGAGAACAACACAAAAGUUGUGGAAGAACUUGUGAGAGUCAAAAGCGAAAGAGAAAAUUUGGAAAAACAAAAUAAUGAGUUGACAACAAAUAAACAACAGCUGGAUGAAAAAGUCGCUUCACUGGAGAAACAUGUUGAGCAACAAAACAAUGAAAUGGAAAAUAUCAAAAAGGAGAACGAUGAUUUGAAAUCUACCAAACAACAAAACGAAGCAACACUUGCUGAAAAGAUUUUACAAUUUGCAAACAUUGAAAAUGCACAAAAAGAACUUCAAGAUGCACUGAACAAAGAAAAGAGUGAAAGAGAAAACUUAACCAAUGAAAAUAAGUCAUUGAAUGAAGAGUUAAACAAUACAAAAGAAGAGAAAUGCAAAAUUUUAAGUGAACUCAAUGCACUAAAAGGAGAGAAAGAAAAUGUAACGAAUGAACUCAAGACGAUUAAAGAGGAAUUGGAAAACCAAAAGAAGUCAAAUGUAAACACAAUAGGAGAAUUGGAGAGACUUAAAGAAGCGAAGAAUAGCGUUGAUGAACAACUUCAAAUGGUCAGAAGUGAGAAAGAGAAGUUACUAGGUGAUUUGGCAAAUGGAAGUGAUUCGGCAUCACAACUUAAUGAUGAGCUGAACAAAGAGAAAGAGAACAACAGAAAACUGGAAGAACAAAACAAAGAAAAAGAUCAAUCAAUUCAAACCCAACAAACGCAAAUUGAAGAAAUUAGCAAGCAGAAAAUAUCGUGUGAAACGCAAAUUGUGGCUUUGCAAGCAGAAAAAGAAAACCUUAACACUGAAAUUGUUACACAAAAAGAUAACGUUACGAGGUUGAGUGGUGAAAUAGAAACACUCAAAAAGUCUCUUGAAGAUAUCGAAAACCAAAGAAACGAUUUGACAACACAAAAAGAGAAUUUGGAACAAAACACAAUGAAACUUGAAAACACUUUAAACGACAAAAGUAAACAAGUUGAUGAACUUCAAAAUGAAAUCAAUGAGUUGAAAAAAGUUAAAGAGCAAAUUGAAAGUGAGAAGAAGAGUGUUGAAACGACAAUGGCUGAGAAGGUUGCACUGUUAAUGACAACUGAAAAGACAGUCCAAGAGUUUAACAAUGAAAAUGAACAACUUAAAAAAGAAAAAGAAAACGUUUUAAAUGAAUUGAAUACAACAAAAGAACAGAAAAGUCAUUUGGAAGAACAAAUCAAAACGAUGGAAAAUGAAAAAGAGAAGUUGUUGAGUGAUUUAUCGAAUGGAAGCGACUCUUCAAAAAAGUUGAACGAAGAAAUUGAAAAACAAAAAGAACAAAGUCGAAAAUUGGAAGAACAAAACAACGAAAUUUCUCAACGACUGAACACAACUCUAAAUGAACUCAAUGAAUUGACACAACAAAAAGCGUCUUGUGAAACUCAAAUUAAUUCACUUCAAACAGAAAAGCAGAAUUUGUUGAAUCAAAUUUCUGAACAUAAUGAAAAAUAUGAUAAAAUGAGCGAAGAGUUUAAUUUACUUACAAGGUGUAAAGAAGAUUUGGAGAAACAAAACAUCGAAUUAACAACACUGAAACAGAAUUUGGAAAAUAACAACAAACAACUUGAAGGUGAUAUUAAAGAACAAAAGAGAGAAUUAGAAGAGUUGAAUCAAACGAAUGUUCAAAUAAAAGAAACGUUGUCAGAGAAGAAUUCUUUAAUUACUAACAACGAGAAAAUAAUUAGUGAACUUCAAAUGGAAGUUAAGACAGAAAAAAAUAACAAAGAAAUGGUUGAAACAGAAUUAAACAAAAUAAAAGAAGAAAAAGAAAUGUUAUUAAAAGAUUUGUCAAACGGAAGUGAUUUGUCUUCAAAACUCAACGAAAAAAUCCAGAACGAGAAAAAUAGAAACACAAAACUUGAAAAUGAAAUUCAAACGCAAAAUGACAAAAUUAAUGAAUUGCAAAAAUUAAAAGAUCAGACAAACGAAGAUUUGAAUAAAAUGACAGAAAAAGUCAAAGAAAUGGAAAAUGGUUUGAUUUCUAGUAAAGAAACUAUUGAUCAAUUGAAUCAACAAAACUCUUCUCAAAGUAACCAAAUGUCAAAACUCAAAACCGACUUUGACGAAUUGAAUACCAUGAACACAAAACUGGAAAAUACCCUUUCUGAUCUUAAAAAUGAAAAUCAAAAAUUGAAAACGUCAAAAAUUGAUCUUGAAAAUACAAAUUUAAAGAUUGAGCAAAAUCUCAAAGAGGUUGGAAGAAAAGUUGAGGAGUUGACAUCUGAAAAUUUGAAAAUAAACGAAAACGCCAAAAAUCUAGAACUUUCGCUCCAAAACGAAAAGGACGAAAAUGAAAAAUUGGAGAAACAAAUAUCAGACGAAAAAGAAGAAAAAACAAAAUUCAUGAAAGAGCUUGAAAAUAACAAAAAAGAGAUUUCAAGAUCAAAAGACGAAAAUGAAAAUUUGAAGAAAGAGAAUUCCAGUCUGAGUUGCGAAAACGAAAAAAUUGAAACGGCCAAAAACGAAAUUGAAAAUAGUUUAAAGAAUUUGAAAACAGAAAAACAAAAAGUCGAAGAAAUUUUACAAACAACUCAAACGGAAAAUAAGAAAAUAACCGAAAAACUUCAAAAAAUUGAAGAGGAAAAAAGUUUAUCAGAGAACAAAAUAAAAGAACUCAAUAACGAAUUUGAAUCUCUCAAAAACGAAAAAAAUAAAAUUGAAGAUAAAUGCACCGAGCUCACCAACGAAGUCCAGACUCUUAACACCUCUCUUUCCACAACUACUGAAAAUCUCAACUUGUCAAAAACUGAGAUUGAGAAGUUACAUAACGAACUUGAAAAUUUGAACACAUCAAAGAAUGGAAUAGAGAAGGAGAAGAAUAGAAUUGCAUCAGAACUCAACGAUUCCAAAUCACAAAACGAACGUCUCUCAAUUCAAAUUGCCGAAAACCAAAAGAGACUCACUGAGAUGCAAAAAUCAAUUGAAAAUGGAGAGAAUGAGACAAUCAUCUCACUGAACGGAACGAUCACCGAGUUAACCGAAAAAGAGAAAAAGAGCCAAGACAAAAUCACGCAGCUUCAGAGUGAAAUUGGGCAGAAAAAUAUUGUUGUUGAAGAGAUAAAAAUGGAGAUUGAAACUUUCAAGAAUAAAAAUGAGGAAUUGGAAAAACUCAAAAAGGAAAAUGAAGAGUAUAACAACAAACUUGAAACAGAAAAAGAAUCUCUUAAAAACAAAGUUAAUGAAAUCGAAAAAAGUUACAACAUCGAAAAGGAAGAACAUAAAAAAUCUCGAGAAGAACUCGAAAAAGAAAAAACAGAAAAACGCAAAAUUGAAGAAGAAAAGAAAACUGUUGAAGAAGUUUUGGAGAAAAAUAAAAAUGAAAUUUUCAAUCAAAAUAAUGAAAAUAAUAAAACACUUCAAAAUUUGAAAAAUCUUCAAGAAAUUUUGGAGGAAAAAGAAAAUGAGAUGGCGAAGCAGAAAAACGAAAACCAAAAAAUUGAAGAGAAAAACAAAAAUUGCAUUUUGGAGAUUGAAAAACUAAAAUCUGAAAAUGAGAAGAUUGAAAAUGAUGUGACGAGUGGAAAGGAGUUAGUGGCGAAAUUGAGUGAAGACCUUGAAAAAAUCAAAAAGGAGAAACAAAGAACCGAAAGUGAAUUAAUAACAUUAAAGGAACAAAAAGAAAAAAGUGAAGAAAAUUGCGUUAAAACAUCUGAAGAACUUAAAAACACAAAAGAUGAAAACGUCAAAAUUGCAAAUGAGAUGAGUGAAGUUAAAAUGAGAUUGCAAAGAGCGAAUGAAGAAUUAGAAAAUACAAAGAAUGAGAAAGAAAAGUUGAUGAAAGAUUUGACAAGUUGUGGUGACGUCACACAGAGAUUGAACGAGGAGAUAAAGAAACUGACAGACGAGAGAGAAGAAGUGAAAAUAUCGUUGAAAAAUAAGAUUGAAGAAAGAGAAGAAAUAGAAAAGAGAUUGAAUCAAUUGAAAGAGGAGAAAGAAAAUGACAUGAAGAGAUUGAGUGAAGAACUUGGAAAAGAGAAAGAGAAACGAGAGAGUGCGGAACGAGAGAACAAUACAUUGAAAGAAGAAAAUGAUAAGAUGAACAAAGACAAAGAAAAUAUGAUGAUUGAACUUACCAAAACGCGAGAUGAAUUUGAAGGAAUGAAAGGAGAGAAAGAGAAGUUAAUGAAUGAUAUGGCGAAUGGAGAUGAAAUGACAAGUCGAAUGAAAGAUGAGAUUGACAAAGAGAAAGAAAACAAUAAAAAACUGAAAGAAGAAAAUAAAGCACAACGAGAAAGUAUUAGUGAAUUAACUACAGCAAAACUAAAUGUUGAAACAACACUCACACAGAAAAUUACACAACUUGAAACAAACGAAAAGAUUUACAACGAACUCAAAACAAAUUAUAACACUAUUCAAUCUCAACUCACUGCACUCAAUGAGCAAAACGAGACAUUAAAAAAGCAAUUAGAUUCAACGGAAGACAAGAACAACAACAUAACGAGUGAACUUUUAACAACAAAAGAAGAAUUAAAUAAAGUGAAUGUCGAGAGAGAAAAGAUUUGUAACACACUUGAAUCAAUCCAACAAGAGAAAAACAAAAUUGAAGAACAAUUGAACUUAGUGUCUUCAGAGAAAGAGAAGUUACUUGGAGAUUUGGCACAUGGGAGUGAUUCAUCGCAGCGAUUGAAUGAAGAACUUCAGACGGAAAAAGAAACGAAUCGAAGACUUGCGGAGGAAGUGUUGAACGCAAAACAGGCUGUCGAAAACGUGAAGAACGAAAUUGACAAAAUCCGUCAGGAGAAAAGCGAAAUUGAUUUGCAGCGCACGGAAACGUUGUCGGCAUUAGAAAAGACGAGAAACGAACUUUCAACAAGUGAAUUGGAGAUGACACGAUUGAAGGAAGUACUUGCCGAAAGUCGAACUGCAAAUGAAGAGCACGAAAGAGAGAAGGAGAAGUUACGUGAAGAGGUUGAUCACUUAGAAACAAAUAACAAACGACUUGAAGAGGAACAGAUUGCAAUGAAGAAAGAACUGUUGAAUGGAAGUGACGGAGCGUCGAGACUUACAAAUGAAGUUGAAAAGUUGAAUAACGAGAAGACUGAAAUUGAAGAAGUUAAUAAGAAGUUACAAGAAGAAAUGAAAGAAGUUCGAAGGGAGAAGGAAAUGAUUGGUAUGCAGUUAGAAGAGGCUAAGAAUGAGAAUGAAAUGAUUCGAAAAGAUGGAGAGAGGAGUGAGAGUCGAAUGAAUGAGAUGAAGAAGUCUUUGGAGGAGGUACAAAGAGAGAAUGAAACAAUGAGGAAUCGAAUUGAAUUGGACGAAGGUGAAAGGAAGAAAUUACAAGAGGAGGUCCAACACAUUCGAAAUGAGAAGGAAGAACUUUUGGAUGAGAGAGAUGAUAUGGAAAAGGACAAAGAAACGCUGAAUACGACAAUUGAAGGAUUGGUGGGAUCGAAUAAAAGAUUGGAAGAAGAAAUGAAGAAGAUGAGAGAAGAGAAUGAACGGAAAGAGAAGGAAAUAAUAGAAGAGAACAAUCAAGUCAUUACUGAAAACAAUGAAUUACAAGAUGAACUGGAAAAGUUGCAACAAAGGAUCACUGACAUGAAGAAUCAACACGAGGCGACACUCAAAAGUGUUGCUCUUGAUCAAAACAAAGUUGGAGAGGCGAAGAAACAAUUAGAAGAAAAGAUCAAAGCGCUUGAGAAGGAGAAUGCUGAAUUGAAUCAAGACCUUGAUGACGAGGAAGAAGAACUGAAUGCGAUGCAGAGCGAAUUGGACAAAUUUAAAAUGGAGCGAGCGAAUAUUGAAAAACAAGCGAAAGACCAGAAGAGAGAAGUGUCGAGUCGGUUGGAGAGUACAGAGAUGGAAAAGAAGAGUCUUGAAGACAAAUUGAGUGAAGUUGAAAAGGAACUGUCAAGAGUUAAUAGUACGAAGAAUAAAUUAGAGAAAGAUAAAAGCGCGUUAGAACAGAAUUUGGAUAAUAUGGUGAAUAAGAUGAGUAAUAUGGUGGAUAAAGACGUUCUUGGGAAAUUGACGCGACAACUUGAAGAAGAGAAAAUGGCGAAGGAAAAGAGUGUAGAAGAGUACGAGAAGAGACGAAGAGAAAAUGAAAAGGACUUUGAGAAAUUACAACAGUUGUAUAACGCGUUGAUGAACGAACGAGCACAAAUGAUUGAAAAGACGGAACACGUGGAGAGAGAGAACGAAGAUCUUAAAACUAAGGUGAAGGACACACAGGAACUUGGAAAGGUCAAAUGGGAAAAUGGAACAUUGAAAACGGAGAACGAAACGUUAAAACAACAACUGCUGAAAGAAAACAAUUUUAAUCUGAAGUCGGACGACGAGAUAUUUGUCAGUAUUGAAUACCUGUUCUUCGACGCGUUGUGGGUCCCUUUGAAGAUGGAAAUUCUCGAGGAGGAAAUAGAAGAAGAUACACAAAGAAGGCUGAACAUGAGCGAGUUGAGACUGUUCAAGGCAUGCUGUAAACAGACGACGUUUAAUAACUACAGAAACUGGAUGAUGAGAUUUGUGAAUGGCGAAAUCAAUGUUUAA